AUGGCGCCAUCGAAGAAAAUUAAGGAAGUACUUGCGCCAAACAGUCAUAGUUCAGACAGCGUUACGACGAAAGAUCCGGAGAAAGAAUCUGCAAUCGAAGCGCAUGGAGAUGAUAAGCUCGCUGCAACCGAGAAGAUCCCCAAGACCCAAAAAGAUCCAAUGUGCCAGCAUUGGAGUCACUUCAAGUAUAAUGAAGAUUGCGAAGAGACAGAUGAAGAUGUCGAAGAAACGCAGACACCGGCAAUCAGAAGUACAGGAGCCAGUCAUCAAAUUAAAUACGUGAUCACAGAAGAGGAAGCCAAAAAUUCAUACAAGGAAUCAACAAGCAGCAACAAAAACCGGACACGAAAGGAGCCGAUAUUGACAAAAUUUGUAACGUUCAAUUACAAGAAGCAGCCAGUAACCAUAGGAUUAGAACAUUGGCGGUCUCAACUUGAGCGAUGGAGAGAAGAUCUGCGAGAUGAAGGUUUGAUGGGUGUUGUAUGGGACGAACGUGCUGAACCUUGGAAAUACCAAAAGCGCUCGAAGGAGAGUAAGCAAAUGGCUGCAGUUAUCUGCGACUUCGAGACGCCAUCAGAAAAAGCUGGCUUAGUUCUCCACUGCCCUGUUGAACAUAAGGAAGACGAGCAGCGGGACAAUUUCAAACCCCUUCACUGCCCAUGUGACGAUCAGGAAGAUGGGAGCCCAGAAAAAGAAAUUGUCAAGAUCUAUAUCGGCCCGGAAAUAUUAGUGAUCCGAGUUUACAAGAAGAUUCUCUGCGAGAAAAUUCAAUACUUCGAAAACUUCUUUAAUGGAACAUCCCAAGAAGCAGCAUCGAAUUCCGUUACUUUUCCCAGUGGUGACUUCGAGGCUUUCCACGAUUUGAUGUGGUGGGCGUCUAAUGGGCACUUGCCUCCAUGGUCGAUUUAUCCUGAUGGCAAAAAAAUGAGUGAGCGCACGCAGCAUGAUUGUCCAGUCGUUCGGAUCGAAACGGGGUUCAAUUGGGGAGGGCUCUAUUUGCUGGCGAGCAGAUUGUGUGUAGAAGAUUUGAUGAAUCUCAUAACAGAUUAUGUCGUGAGAGCUCUGGAGUUAAAUCGAGCCUUAUUGACGAAGGAAGACAUCGCUGGCAUCUAUAAGCAUACCCCAAAGAAUUGUGGCUUGAGAAAGCUGGCAUGCUAUAGCUUCAAUUAUGAUCUAGAUCGUUGUCCUCCAGAGCUUUGGCCACGGUACUGGGACAUGAAAAAACGCAUCGAUGGCUUGGAGGACGACUCUGUUGCUCUCAGGAGAGCAUUACAUGGAGGAGUAGUAGCCUUAACGCCUUCUCACCAUGCAACUUUCAUGACCACCUUGAUGGAAGAAUCUGCCACCAAAAGCAUUUGA